AUGCGUCACGGGUUUUUUGUUGACCCCACGUUGUUAAUAUUGUUGUUGUUUCGAUGGUCCCAAUGCCAGAUCUCGGAGUCACGUGAGGUGUCACAGCCAAAUGUAGGAGCGCUUCUGGAUCCGAAUUCAACAAACGACAAUGAGAUACUUAUAAGCUAUCUGGCGGCAGUUUCGCGGCUAGAUGAACAACCAGAAGAGUUCAUGAAAGCCAUCAGUAUAGCUCGGACACGGGCUUCGGAUGCCUCAUCGUCGUCGUCGCCUUUUCAUGAUGAACGUUUUAAACAGAUCUAUACCAUGUUCAAUUGCUUCAGUACAGAUUUCGACGGUUCAAUGAUCUCUGGUGCUUUACAUGUGGCUGUGAAUGAAAUCAACGCCAAUCCAGAUCUUUUACCUAAUCAUCGUCUUAAUUAUAUUUUCGACAACACAUGUGGGAAGGAGCGGCAGAGCACACAGUAUUUCAUGGAUCAUUGGAAGAUGGGCGCUCGUGUGUUCAUUGGUCCAGAAAUGAACUGUCGAACUGAAGCGACAAUGGCGGCAGCUCAAAAUUUACCGAUUAUCAGUUACAAAUGCAAAGACCAGACAGUGUCCGAUAAGAAGAAGUACAACACCUUCGCUCGUACAGUACCAGCCGAGACAGACAUCGUAAAGGCGUUCAUUGCGCUUUGUCGAGAGCAUAACUGGAAGAAGUUCACGAUCAUUUAUGAAGAGCAUCCCGCUCACGAAGAACUGUACCAAGCGCUCCGGCAAUCGACGUUGAAAAUGCACGCAUGGAAUUGGAUGACAUACGCUAUUCCUGUGCAGAAUGUGUCGAAAGUGAUUCGCUUCAGUGAAGUGCAAUCGGAGAAACUCAUCGACAGUGUAGUGGAACAAACAAAAGACAUAACGAGAUUGUACGUCACGUUUGGUAAUGUGCGAUUGUUCCGGAAAAUUCUGAUGUCGAUGGGCAAGUUAGGUCUGACAGACUCGCAACAGUACCUGCUGAUCUACCUCGAUGCCGAUUACAAUUGGUUGAACGUCUAUCAUGCCAUGAAUAACCAUUUCUUUCGCAGUGAGUAA